AUGGAGACGGCUUUGGAAGACCUCUCGACGACGGCCUCACGACGGUGGACACCCGUUUGCCACUAUUGCAACGGGGUCCACCUCACACGCAACUGCGCGGGGCUCAAGCACGAUGUGGCCCUUGGGCAAGUGCGCGCCGACUUUUCAAUGCCCCGAUGGGCGUACACGCUCGCGAAGGAGGUCGAGCGCGUGGCAAAGGUACCUUGUGUGUACUGCCAUGGCGACUCUCACUGCGUCGCCGACUGCGACCGCAUCCGCAUCGACGUGCUCCAACGCAAUGCGCAUCCCUCGUUCAAGUGGCCCCAUGGCUUCUUUUGCCCGUACUGCGUCGUCUUCGGCAUCAUUGGCAAGCACGAGCCCGUGCGA